AUGAGGGAAAGCAACUUUGCCUUUUUCGCUAUACCCGACAGUUUGUUGAAAAAAUGUAACGAAAAGAAGUUUUUACACCAUUUGAAAUUCAUUUCUGAAAGAGAUAAAAAUCGAAAAGACACCUUCGUCAAAUUCGGGUUCCGGGUGACUGGCACGUUCUCGGGUCCGGACAUCGCCUACAGCUCGUGCCAGAACACCGACUAUGUGUACCUGGACGACUCGUCGACAAAUUCUGCAAUCUUCUGCGGGCCGCAUGCGACGAUCGAUUACGUGACGGCGUCCAGCUCCUUUGAAUUCAAUUUCGUGAGUCAGAAGGACAGCCCCCGCGGCCUCGGUUUCUUCGUGGUGAUCGAGAGCAUCAGGCUGUGCGGAGGGCUGCUGAGUCGCCAGGAGGACGGGCCUUCGGGGCACAUCGCCUCGCCCUUGCACUCGAACGACUAUCCGGCCAACUCGGAGUGCUCCUGGUGGUUCACGGCCAGAGGACCCAUAACGAUAAAGCUAAACUGCCAUAGCUUCUGGCUGGAGGGCGCCGCCACUUCGCCAGACGGAACCACGCGAUGCAAAGACAGGCUGUCCGUGUCGUAUGAGGUGGGCCACUCCAAGGCUACGGAAUACUGCGACAAGGACUUGCAACACCACACCAUCUGGAGCAAAGGGCCUCACCUCUUGGUCACCUUCCGGUCCGACAGCGUCAACCAGUACACGGGCUUCAACUGUACAUACGAAUUCAUUCGGUAUGGAAAGUAACAGCCGGAUGGAAGGAAGAGAGGAAGGAGGGAAGGAAGGAAGGAAGGAAGGAGGGAAGGAAGGAAGAGAAGGAAGCAAGGAUGGAAGAAUGGAUGGAGGGAAGGAA